GCACAGCUCCGCCUGGACCUUGAGUGUAGGGGCAGCGCCUGACGUCACGUCCGGCAGAAGAAGGGAAGUGGUAACCCCCUGGCUUUCCUUCUUUUCACGGUCCAAAGGGGUUAAGAGCCAUUAUCAAAGGCGGCAGCAGUAACGUCUAUUACUAGGAUUAUUACAGUAUAAUUAGUAUUAUGAUGAUGAUUGAAUCGUGGCUGCUGUUAUUAUUAGCCCUGACCACAGCAGGAAAUGCCCUCUGACCUCUGACCCUCAUUGACCCCAGAGAGCCUUGGCCAGUUGGGCCCUUGGAAGGAAGUCCCCUCCAAGUGCCAUCCAGGGCUGGCCCUGCUGAGCCUCCCAGAAUUAGGACAUGCUGUGGAGUCCUGGGAGUUGUAGUUCUUUGUGACAGCUAGCCUUCUCCGUCAGGGAGGACACAAGAGCACUGCACUGGAUGGAUGCAGCCAAAGCGGGGUCAAAGGGCACUGGUCCUUCCGCUCGGCUGCAGCCUCCCUUUGCCUCCGACAAGAGCUCCGCACGGGAAAUGCCAAAUCCUUUGCUGCUGGCAAAGGCCAGGAAACCAUGUGGCAAUUCCAGCCAAAGAGGCCGGGCAGCUCUCUGCCUUGGGUUUAUCCUGGUCGACCACAUUCCCCCUGGCUCUUCCACUGGGGCCUGGAGGCUUCCCUUCUGCUGGGAGGUCAGAGGCCAGGCGGCCAGCCACAGACCAGGCAGCGCUGACCUCACAACCGUCUGGAACCCUCUGGGCUGACCUCUGGCUGCAGGAUUCUGAGCAGAGGGCUCCCUGGGGCCUCUUCAGCUGCGCCAUGCGGGCCUGGCUCUGGAGCCGCCUUCGCCUUCGAUCCAGCUACAAGAAACACUCAAGGCUGGAAGGAAAUGGGGAGCCAGGAGAAGCCGAAGAGGAGGAGGAGGAAGAGGAAGGGCAGCGUGGGGCAGAGGCCGCUGUGCCGGAAGGCCGUCCAUCUCAGCCUCCCUCAGCGUCUCCACUGGACAGAGAAGCAGCUCAAGAAGGCAAGGCUCUUGUGGCCCCGCUGCUCUCCAAGGGUCACCCUCCAGCCGACAGACAGCCCCCUGGACCUGCACUGACCCCUCCGGACACCCACCAGGAGAUGCUGACCCUCGUGAGAGAGCUGGAAGCAGUGAGAGAGUUUCAGUCCUUCCACUGCCAGGAGCGGAAGAAGGACCUCCGGAGCUGCCAGGAGUGCCUCAAGUCCCUGAAGGCCAUGCAAGACAACCUGCAGGCUGUCCAGAGCCGGCUCUGGCGGGUGGAGGCCAAGCUGGGCAUGCGAGUCUCUCCCCCGGAGGAACCGGAAGAGGAACCGGAAGGCGACGGGGGGCCCUUCAGGCUUGGCACCAGAUCCAUCGCCCCACCGCUGGGAUGAGGUCCCACAAGCAGAGAGCAGCGCAACAGUUGCCAGACGCAGUGGCGCAGGGGAGGGGAGGGUGUUUUCAAGGGCUGCGGCAACUGCUGUGGUUUGCUGGGGUGGUUCUCUUCAUGCACCGGGACAGGGUUGCAAAGGCCUCUGGCGUUGGCCUGGGAGGGGUCCCACUGGAGGGUUUUUCUCAUGGCUGUAUUUACUGGUUGCUUCAAACACUGCAUUCUGUGGGCAGAGCACACUGUGCCACAAUAAAAGCAACCUAGAACUAAAA